AUGGUUUCGCACACCGUAACUGCGCCGGGCCCUCUGGCUUUAACAGAAGCAGAGGCCAAUGUCCUAGCCUUGUACGAUCAACUGCAACAACUCCAACUCGAGUUUGCCCUCCUCAGAUCGCAGCGCGACCAUCAUGCAUCAGCUGGCUCCUCUCAACUUGCUGGCGACGAUCUGGUGGGCGGCCAGAGCCGACUUCUGGAGGCAAAGGCCACGCUCGCCUUGCACAGUAGUGUUGUAGAAAGCGCCGUGUCACUCCAGCCGACCCUGAACGCGGUCCACCAUGCUACUCAUGCGUCAGUCGUUGAACGGGAUCUGUUGCCAACCAUCGAGCAGCGGGAUGUCGUCGCGAUCAAGGCAGCCAAAUCGUGCUCUGAGCUGCAGACAGCGAGAGGCCGUCUGGCAGAACUUGGGGUUGAGUGCCUUCGAGCCAGCCAACAAAAUAUCAAGCUCGCGUCAGAGACUCUACUACUUGCUGGGAGAGCUCGCGGUCAAAACCAGCAGGAUGUCGGAGGCGGCCGGCUUGGUCGAGACAUAGCAACCUUGGAGGGUCAGGUGAAGUCUAGCCAUCACAGAUGGCGGGUAGUCAAGGGUGCUGCGAGCGCAAUUGUGGCUGGAAGCGGCAUCGAUUGGGUUCGAGAGGAGCGCUUGAGAAACAUGGUUCUUGAUCCACCAGACUAA